UGUUUCUGUGUGUGCAAGAGAGAGGGACAAUGGCCCCGUUGUAGGUCAGGUUUCCUGGCUUCCCUCCACAGUGGUGUCAUCUGAUCCAGUUGGCUUCCACAAGACGCAGACCUUGUCCGUACCGGUUUCGGCUGGACCUAUAACAGGCGAUGAGGACUCUGAUGACCACCCAGAUGCAGAACUGCUACCGGGAGCAGAUCACCAAGGAGACGAUGACCCGGCUGGCCUGGAGGUCUCGUUAUGCUAAGGAAUACCCUCUCUCUUCCAAGACCCCAGCCCCAGCCCCACCCGGACCCCCACCGGCACCUCCACUAGGACCCACCCCAGGACCAACCCCACAGCCAGACCAGACCCCCAAGCUGCCCCCCAAGACCAGGACUCCCCGGCUGCCGCCUGUUCCCACGGUGACCGAGAGGACCUCUGCCCCCCCUCUGAUGAGACCCCCCUCCCCCCAGACCAGAGAGGUCCUGUACCAGGGCUCCUCCCACUAUGGGACGGGGCGUGGCCUGUAUCUGAGGAGGCGGGGCCAGAUGAGACCGGAAGAGAAAUUUGAGUUUCCUCUCAUCUCGUCCUGGGAGUACGGAUGGAGAUUGGGUGACUUCAGUGUGUGUGGGUCUCCUGCCAACGGUCGUUCAGCCGUGGUGAAGAACACGUUCUACUGCAGGAACGGAGUCUUCAACAGACCUGCGACUACUGACCUGCUGGGAUGACACACGCACUCUUUCUCUCACACACUCACACACACACACACACACACACACACACACACACACACACACACACACACACACACACACACACACACACACACACACACCCGACCCAACUACUGACCUGCUGGGAUAACUCACGCACUCACGCACACAGACACACACACACACACACACACACACACACACACACACACACACGCACACAC